GUGUCAAUUGGUUCAGAUUUGUUUGGCGAGAGUAAAUGCAAGCUUUUCUUGAAUAUAUGUCAUUGCAUUAAUGUUCCUCGGCCCAUUGAAGAUUACGAUGAGGACAAAAUAGCCGAAAUUAUUGAUUCAGAUGAUCCGGGUCGUUACAGAAUCCCUUUAAGCGUUGGUGAAUUGGAAUGCAUUCGUGAUAAUAGGAACGAAAAUUGUGCGAAGAUUGAUAUUAUCGUUAAUUCCACUUUUUAUGCGGAACGUUUAGAAAUUAGCGAAUUCUUCAGACAGUUAUUACUUCUGAUAUUGACUGACGCGCUUGAUGCAAAACAUAAAAUUAAAAUUGAUCUGAAGAAAGCUGUGCAACUGAAAAACCGCAGGGUAAUGGGUGAUCUAAGUACGCAAAGAAUUAAAAAGGAACCGGCGAACAAAUUUAUCCAAGAAACAGUGGAACCAGCGGAGGAAGAGAACCUCAUCUUCGACAAUUAUUUGCCUCGCAACUGUUUAUUAUUCCUUAAACGAGGAAAAGAAUUUGAAUUGUUAAUAAAAUUUCCUAAAGAAAAUACUCCUAUUGAGGAUCCAAAAAGGUUAUGCCUAAAAAUAAAUGAUGAUCGCUUGGUAUUAAUUCUUGAUCGAAGACGGACGAUUGCUGACGUAUAUUUUCCGUUCAAAAUUAAUUAUGACAAUCCAAAUGUUGAAUUAUUUGUGGAUAAAGAUACUCUUCGGGUUACAGCUGCAGUUGUUUGGUGA